ACAGCGGAAGAAGAGAGGAGGUUCCUCUCUAGUGUCAACACAAGGAGAUGCCUGACAGCUAAAUCAUCUGUAAUACCUGCACUUAACCGUACCAUUCUGGGUAUAUUUAGAGGUUUUCAUUUCCUUCAAUAUUUGAUAAAUAAAUUCUUCGUCGGAGAGGCAGUUAUCCGUCACAACAAAACAAGCGCAAAAUGAAUGGAGCAGCGUUCCCUUCCCCCACGGCAGAGAUGGCGGAGAUGAACCGUAUCCAGUAUGAGCUGGAGUACACAGAAGGGAUCAGCCAGAGGAUGCGCAUCCCUGAGAUGCUCAAAGUGGCUCCUCAGGCCCGCGAGGACCCUAAUCUUGGAUCUCAGGAGGUCCCCCACAGUGUCAUAAUGCAAGUCCCAGAGAGAAUUGUGAUUGCAGGAGACAGUAAUGACCCUCAGUUCCCCAGACCCAGAGACCUGGACUUAAUCCAGUCAACACCACUAGAAACCCUAUCCCUGAAGACUCCACCCAGAGUGCUCACCCUUAGUGAUCGGCCCCUGGACUUCCUGGAAGAGGAUCAGCGGGCAGCUCCAGACAGUGAGGAAGUGUUGCGGCCCCACGCACGAAUACGGCGUGAGCGUUCAGCCAGUGAGAAUGCAGCUGCCCGGCAUAACAGUCAACUGAUGCGCAAUGAUUCUGCUGCGACCCCGUCCCCCCCUGCCACUGUCCACCCUUGCCCCCCUCUCACCGUGACUGAAGAAGAACACAACUUGUACAGCGCUAGCGGUGUUCUAUCUUUCAUCCAGUCCACUACACGUCGGGCCUACCAGCAAGUCCUGGAGGUCUUGGAUGAGAACCCUCGCAGCAAACCAUCACUGCGAGGGGGGUCGGCUUCAAGCUCCAACCCCCUGCAUGACUCCAGGCUUGCAUUAUCAACAUAUGAAGCCACACUGGAUGGAGGGCCUGAUGACAUGACUGUGGUUGAUGCAACAACGCUUCGGCGUCAGCUUAUCAAGUUGAACCGGAGACUCCAACAUUUGGAAGAAGAGAACAAGGAGCGUGCAAAGCGAGAGAUGAUCCUGUACUCGGUCACUGUAGCUUUCUGGCUCGUCAACACCUGGGUGUGGUUGCGACGUUAGAGCCGGCCCGUAUUUCUGCCAUCACCGUGACAGAAGAACGUACUUUACCUUAUUCUAUGUGUCAAAUGUUAGCUACUCGCUGCACUCAGUCCCUGUGUGAAGAAGACCAUGACACACACGUGCAAGGUCUGUUUUCCCACAGGGCUUAUAUUUUGAUUUGGUUUAUUUAAUACAUGUACAGUUUUAUUUUUUUACUCUUAUUUCAUCCUGUCUCAUGUUUCCUCAUGUUUUGUUUUUAUUACAAAUCUUCUUGCCUCAAUGCUAAGCAUGACUUGUUGUAAAUAUUUGUUCAUGUCAUACUUCUUUGGAAAGAAGUCAUCCAUAGAUACAGUAAAGCGUAGUUUACCAAAACAGAAGAGGAGCUGCAAUGUGGAGAAUAUUUAUUGGGGAGAGAGGAAUAUGUGACUUGAAUGGGGAAAUGUAAUACAAUUUAGUAAAACCAUACAUAUGA